CCUCGUCCAUGGCCAAUGGAUCUCGAAAUCAAGGCUGCUAUUGAGGAAGAGAGAGCAAAGACCCAUGAGCUUCUGGCGGAGGAAAGGAGGCAGGCGGCGGAGAGGGAGAGGGAGACUGAGGAGAGGACGGCUAGGCUUUUGGACGAGGAGAGGAACCGGAACGACUUGACUAACCGGGCCAUAUACGAGCUCUUCGCGUCCAUGUGCGAGAAGAACGGUCAGACCCCUCCGCCGAUGCCAGUCAUUGCUCCGGCGGACACGCAUAACUCCCGACAAGCAUCGACGUCUGCCAUUGGCGCGAGCAAGAACCCCGAUCCUCCUCCGUCUGCCACUACCGCGAGCAAGAACCCCGAUCCUUCACCUACGGGUUGACGAUUUGCUUCAGAUCAAGGAAGCUUGGGUUGAUGGAGUGCUUGUCUUUAGUUUUUGUUUUGACUUUGUGAAACUUGCUACCUAUGACGAAACUGUGUAAUAUUGAUGAAACUAUGUAUAUGUAUGGAUGAAACUUGCUACUAUUGGUAACAUGUGUUGGAUAUAU